GGAUGGGGGUCGUGGUUGUCAAGUGCGGGGUGUGGAUGUGUUACAUUUAUACGAUCUAAUACUGUAGAUUUGUUGCGUUGAACAUCGCAUUAAAUAUGGCGAAUACGUCAGAAAAUUACACUUAGGGUGUUCUGAUUUUACAUUAAGUCUUGCAGGUGCUCCGGGAAGAAUGGGACAAGCGGAAAGUUCAGAUAACGUAAUCCCAGAAACGGUAGAAAGUAUACAAGAAGAUAUUUGUCGACAUGCUAGACUUUUUUCCGACAUAGCUGGCCUGACGUAUGAGGAUUUCCAGUCAAGUCUUGCAAAGCUGAACACAUUGUCAAAGCAGUGCGUGGACAACAAUGGAAGACGACUUGUUUUUGCAGUGAAGAAAGGUACUGAUUCAUCUUUGCUCUGGAAAGGAACAGUGAGAAUUGCGUGUGUUAAAGUGGAUCCGAUUACGAAGAAAAUUGAUACAUACAGACUUCUGAACCUCAGCGAAUUUCUGAGGGUGUUCAGGACAUUACAGUGUCAGCUAGCAGCUGCACAACAGAGUUCACAUUUGGAAAACACUUCAAAUUCCUCCAGUAGCGAAGUGUCAGCCAGCAGCAGUACAGGGGACAGCUCUUUGCCAGUAACAAUGGACAAAAAGCUGCUGACAGCUAGCAUGCUGCUGGAGGAAGUUGACAGUUCAACAGGAUGCUGCAGUGGGGCUGGCGAGCGACUCAAUGAAUGCUGCAUUUGUCUGGAGAGGAAACCAGAUGUGAUGCUUCCAUGUGCUCACAGCUACUGUAUGCCAUGCAUAGAACAGUGGAAUGUGAACAACAAGACAUGUCCUAUCUGCCGUGAGACCUUAGACAGCACAGAUGAUACAUGGGUAAUAUCUGAAGUCCCAGGCUCACACGAGAUAAGUGAAGAGAUCUUCUGUUCUCUAAUGGAUCUAGCUUCAUCAGCUGCAACUCCAACAUAGCAUGUUAUAUAUAACUGAAACUCCAGGAUGUCUAACUGUCUGCAUUGGUAAUUGUGUAGAAUUCAUUGACAGUAGAAGAGUAGUUAGUGUUUGAUUUGAGAUUCUCACAGUGGUGUAUAUGAAACUUACUGUCUCCUUGGAUGUGAUACUUUGUAAUUUGGUAGAUACAUACCAACAUUUUGGAUGAACCUACUGUCUUCAUAUUCAGGGCAGGUGAUGGAGUCAGUACAUUCCUCCAGAAUGUUGGUACAUAUCCACCAGAUUGCACAGCAUCACCUCCCAGAAGACUGUAAUCUGACACUUUUCGUGACUUUCAAGUUUAUGCUGUCUUCUGUUGCCAGUGUAUAUGUGUUUUAGAUUUUACAAUCUGGAAUAAUGAACUUGCAGUUGACUGAAGAACAUAAAUAUUGUAUAGUCCCAAAAUUAAGAUUUCCUGAACUAUAAAGCUAACAAGAUUAAAAGGAUAUAUGUAUACUUUAGUUUGCAUACACACCAUUUAUGACCUGUUUUGGGUUGUAGUAUUUUGUUAUUUUGCAAGAAAGUUUUGAUGUUACUGUUUUAUAAUCUAAGAUGGUGUUGAAGGCCCUCCUUCAGUGUAUGCACAAGAUGCAGUAGUGAAGAUGGAAAGGAACACAUGAGAACAUGAGUUCUUUCUAUUGGGUUAAAUUGCCAGUGAAGAGAAUCUUUGAAUUAAUGAUUCAUUCAGGAGUUUGUUUGGGUUCCUGGGUUCACAGUGAAAACUCAAGAGUUCUAAUAUUACCCUCAUUGAUAAUUUCUACAGUUCUAUUCUAGAUAUAAGUCACAAAGUGUGACACUAUAUCACAGUUAAGUGGGUAACAUGCAUCAUAUUCACGAAGUCCCACAUCCAAAUACCAGCCCAGAAUCCAGAAUCCUGAUUGAGAUUUUCUCAGUUCCUCCAGGAAUUGCUGUAGGUAGUACCUCCUCACAUUAGGGCAUGAGUCCUUGCUUGCACAUUGAUUUUGAUUCAUUAUUUACUAAUCACCCUAUUAUAUGAUGUUAUAUAGUCAAGUUACUGAUAGCAUCAUUAAAUAAACCAUAUGUACAUAUAACUGUGAUAAAGAUAUGUUCCACUGUUCCUAAGUUAUAUAUAGGGACUGGUUUUUAUGCCCUAAUAAUCCCUUAAAUAUGUAUGCUUUAUGUAUGAAUAACUUCCAAAUAUGCUAAUAAAAAGUUCAUUCCAAAUAUUAAAA